GCGGCAGCAUCGACGCCGCCCCCGACCACGCGUUCGCCGCCGCCGCCGCCGCGGCGUUCGUCUCCCCCAUCGGCCCCGUCAGGGCUACGGCAUGUUGACUCUCUCAUCCACACUCCCAUUUCUCCGCCCUCCGAAAUGUAUGGACUCCGCGAAUUCUUCGACAUGCCAACCUUCGCUUUUUCAAGUGGCCUUCUUCUAUGUAUCUCUCUAUCUCAUAGCCUUUGCUCAAGGCGGCGACAAGCCUUGUGGCCUAGCAUUUGGAGCCGACCAGUUCGACCAAAAUGACCCAAAGGAGAGCGUCUCGCGGAGCUCCUUCUUUAACUGGUGGUACUUUGUCAUGUCCAUGGGCAUGACCGUUGCGGUUGCCGUACUAAGUUAUGUUCAGGAUAACAUCGGUUGGGGCGUCGGCUUUGGAAUCCCUGGUGUUAUUAUGUCCUUCGCUCUUAUCAUCUUCUUGCUCGGGACGAAGAUGUAUAGAUUUUAUGUAGUGGACAAGGAAAGCCCCUUUGCCCGAAUAGGCAAGACGUUCGUGUCAUUGGCGAGGAAUUGGAAAGCGAGCCUUCUUCAACCGAGAGAAGAUAUAGAAAGACAACAAGACAAAUUUUUGACUAGGGAAGAUGAAUGUGAACAAAGUCGCAUAGAAGAAGCCAAGAGAGUCCUCCGAUUGUUCCCGAUAUGGGCGACAAGCUUAGUAUAUGCCGUCGCCUUCGCUCAAUUGGCCACCUUCUUCACUAAGCAAGGAAGGACUUUAGAUAGAAGCAUCACUUCAAGCAUACAAGUUCCACCCGCGGCUCUACAAAGCUUCGGAAGUCUAACUAUCAUGGCCUUCGUCCCCAUAUACGAUCGAAUCCUCGUGCCCUUAGCUCAGAAGUUUUCGAAGCUACAUUCGGGCAUCACCAUGCUUCAAAGAGUCGGCAUUGGAAUGACCAUAUCCUUUAUCUCAAUGAUAGUAGCAGCUCUAGUGGAAAUGAAGAGGCUUAAGACGGCUCAAGAUUUCGGCUUGAUCGACGAGCCAAAAGCCACUAUUCCAAUGAGCUUUUGGUGGUUGGUUCCUCAAUACAUGCUCAUUGGGCUCGCCGAUGUGUUUAUUGUUGUAGGAUUGCAGGAGUUCUUCUACGAUCAGGUCCCCGACGGUUUAAGAAGCCUCGGGCUCGCUCUCUACACGAGUAUAAUGGGGAUCGGUAGUUUUAUUAGUAGUGCUCUCAUUUCCGUGAUCGAUGAAAUGACAAGCAAGAACGGUGAUAGUUGGUUCUCGAAUAACUUAAACCGAGCGCAUCUCGAUUACUUCUAUUUGCUUCUCGCAGGUCUCGGUCUUUUAGAAUUAUGCUUAUUCUUGUACUUUACGCGCAAUUAUAACUAUAAGAAGAAGAUUCCGUUGAUCGGCGUCGUCGACUACCGCGGCCGCCCCGUCCGCCGCUCCUCCUCCGGCCGCUGGACCGCCGCGCUCUUCGUCAUGGGGCUCGAGUUCGCGGUGCGGUUCGCGUACUACGGCGUGUCGUCGAACCUGAUCACGUACCUGACGGGGCCGCUGGGGCAGUCGAAUGCCGCCGCCGCCGCCGCCGUGAACGCGUGGUCGGGCGCCGCGUCCAUGCUGCCGCUGCUCGGCGCCUUCGUCGCCGACUCCUUCCUCGGCCGCUACCGCACCAUCGUCCUCGCCGCCCUCCUCUACACGGCGGUCCGUAACAAUUCUUUCUAAAAUUAAAAUCUAAUUCGAUAGAUAAAUAAAAUAUG